GUUUUGAAUUUUUAAAUUUUUUUUUACGAUAUUACAAAUUUUCACUAUUAUCGUCACUGUUAUUUUUCUCUCUUUCUCGAAUCUAAAACUCGAUUGCUUCACGCCUCGUUGGAUCUGAAGAAACCCCUCGGCGAUUGUCGAUCUUUUCAAACAGAUCCGACACCGAGAAUCCUCGGAUUCCGAUUUGACAUUGCCUUCGUUCCUUAAAUCUCACGAGAUCUCGAAGGAUUCAAAUAGGAACCCUAAUUAAACUACGUUGCCCUAAAAUUUUUCUGCUGAUUCGAUUGCGAUUUUGUGGCCGUUUGUUUUAACGUCUUCUAUUCUAUGAUAUUUGCGUCGACCUUAGAUUGUGUGAAAUUAAGCAAUUUGGAGAUGGUAAAAGAGGUUGAGGAUGUGGAAGAGGGGGAGAUUUCGGACACUGCUUCGGUGGAAGAGAUUACCGAAGAGGAUUUCAAUAAGCAAGAUGUUGUUAAAGUGAAUAAUAACAUUAAUCCCAAAGGGAGUGAUGCUAGGGUUUGGGCUGUUCAUGAUCUUUACUCGAAGUACCCUAAUAUAUGUCGUGGUUAUGCUUCGGGUUUGUAUAACCUUGCUUGGGCACAGGCUGUGCAGAACAAGCCUUUGAAUGAUAUUUUUGUGAUGGAACCGGAUUCUGAUGCCAAUGCUAAUAGUUACAACAACUCCAAUCGAUCAUCCACGGCUGCUGUGAAUUCUAAGGAGCUGGUGGUGGUGGAUGUUGACAAAGAGGAAGGGGAGUUGGAAGAGGGUGAGAUUGAUGCAGAUGCUGACCCUGAAGCGGGGAGUGUUGUAAUUAGUUCUGCUGUUUCUAAUUAUGAGCAACUAGGUGUUAGAGAUGUUCUGGAGGGUGUUACCGUUGCUAAUGUGGUGGAAUCGUUUGCUGAAACAUGCUGUAGGCUGAAGAAUGCCUUGCCUGAAGUGCUUUCUAGACCUGCUGAUUCUGAAAAGGAUGAUCUUGUUCGCUUGGCAUUUAAUGCAGUUGAAGUAGUUAAUUCUGUGUUCUGCUCCAUGGACUCUUCGGAGAAGGAACAGAACAAGGAUAACAUAAUAAGAUUACUUUCUUUUGUAAAGGAUCAACAAGCUCUAUUUUCUCCAGAGCAUAUGAAAGAGAUUCAGGGCAUGAUGACUGCAAUCAAUUCUGUUGGUGCUUUAGGUAAUAGUGAGGUUAUUGGCAAGGAGAAAGAAUUGCUGAGCCAUGAGAUGAAUUCUCAGCAAAAUCCAGUUGUGAAAACUGGUGAAUUGAUUUAUUCUAGUAAGCCUUUGCAUAGUAACACAAUUGAGGAAUCACAAGCUUUAAAAUUUGGACAAAAUAGUGUUAAAGGUAGAGGUAUUCUGCUCCCUCUGCUAGACCUUCACAAGGAUCAUGAUGCAGACAGUUUACCAUCGCCCACACGAGAAGCACCCUCCUGCUUUCCUGUGAAUAAGUCAUUUGCUGUUGGAGAGGGUAUGUCUAAAUCUGUGUUUCCUGCCUCUAAGAUAGAGGCUGGUAAGACAGAGGCUGGAAAGAUGGAACUGGAUACUGAAGAUUCUAAAUUUCAUCUCUAUGAAACUGAUGCUCUGAAAGCUGUUUCCACAUAUCAACAGAAGUUUGGUCGAAGUUCCUUCUUUACAAGUGAUAAACUUCCAAGUCCAACUCCUUCAGGCGACUGUGAGGAUGAGGUUGUUGAUAAAAAUGAGGAGGUCUCUAGUGCUUCUGUUGCUUGUUCUUUAACAAGCACAAAGCCUACCUUUUUGGACCAGACAACUGUUUCUGCUACUUCCAUGGAUAGGUCCAGCAUUCAAGGAUUGAUUAGUUCUAGAAUUGAUGCAGCAGGUUCUGGGUCUUACCCAGUGAAAACCUCUUUAAAGAGUAGAGAUCCUAGGCUACGUUUCAUUAAUUCUGAUGCAAGUGCUAUGGAUAACCAACCUGCAGUGGUACAUAAGAUGUCUAAGGUGGAAUAUGCUGGACCUAUAAAUUCAAGAAAACAAAAGGCUUCUGAAGAGCCUUCUUUGGAUGCCACUGUAUCAAAAAGACUAAAAAAUUCAGUGGAACAUCCUGAGCAUAAUAUGAGAGAAGUAAGAACUCUAGCUGGAAAUGGUGGUUGGUUGGAAGAGAAUACUCUGGCUGGAACUCAGUCGACAGAGAGGAACCAUUUAAUGGAGAAGUUUGGAGCUGAACCCAAAAAGACUUUGAAUACAGUCAGUAGUUCCUGUAGUGGUUCUGGUAAUUUCAGCGUGACAAACAAUGGAAAUGAGCAGGCACCAGUUACAAGUAGUAACGCCACAGCUUCCUUACCUUCUCUAUUGAAAGAUAUAGCUGUAAAUCCAACCAUGUUGCUAAACAUACUUAGAGAGCAACAGCUGAGGUUAACAGGAGAUGCCCAAAAGAAAUCUGCUGAUUCUGCUACAAAUACCCAACAUCCAACAAGCAUAAAUGCAGCAAUGGGAACAGACUCAACUGUGAGCAUUGCUCCAUCAGUGACCACUGGUCUUCUUCAAAGUUCUUUGGGAAUGCUUCCCGUUUCAUCACAAGCAACUUCCAUGGCACAAAGUCAACAAGAUGAUUCAGGAAAGAUUCGCAUGAAACUGCGUGAUCCACGGCGCAUUCUCCAUAGUAAUAAUACUAUCCAGAAGAGUGAGAGCUUAGGGAAUGAGCAAUUCAAAGCCAUUGUAUCUCCUGUGUUAAAUAACCUAGGGAAUGGGGACAAUGUCAAUGCCCAGAAGGUUGAGGCUAGGGCGGACACAAAUUUGACAACUAAUCAAUCAAAUGCACCACCUGAUAUUACUCGACAGUUCACCAGGAAUCUGAAAAACAUUGCUGAUAUUAUGUCUGUUUCCCAAGAAUCAUCAAAUCAUUCUCCUGUUGCUCAAAAUUUUUCUUCUGCAUCUGUUCCCUUGAUUGUAGACAGAGUAGAACAGAAAUCUGUAGUGUCAAACUCUCAGAACCUGCAUGCUGGUGUAGGAUCAACUCCUGAAACAGGUGCUUUGGGUACCUCUCGAUCUCAGAGUACAUGGGCAGAUGUUGAGCAUCUUUUUGAAGGUUAUGAUGAGCAGCAGAGGGCUGCUAUACAAAGAGAGAGGGCAAGGAGGAUUGAAGAACAGAAUAAAAUGUUUGCUGCACGGAAACUGUGCCUUGUAUUGGACUUAGAUCACACACUUCUUAAUUCUGCCAAGUUUGUGGAAGUUGAUCCCGUGCAUGAGGAGAUACUGAGAAAGAAAGAAGAGCAGGAUCGUGAAAAGCCUCACAGACAGCUUUUUCGCUUUCCUCAUAUGGGAAUGUGGACUAAACUCAGACCAGGAAUCUGGAACUUCUUGGAGAAGGCUAGUAAGCUCUAUGAGCUGCAUCUCUACACUAUGGGAAACAAGCUAUAUGCAACAGAAAUGGCAAAGGUGCUUGAUCCAAAGGGAGUUUUGUUUGCUGGUAGAGUUAUUUCUAGAGGUGAUGAUACUGAUUCAGCUGAUGGUGAUGAGAGAGUUCCCAAAAGCAAAGAUUUGGAAGGUGUUUUGGGUAUGGAAUCAGCUGUUGUAAUUAUAGAUGAUUCUGUGAGGGUCUGGCCCCAUAACAAACUGAACCUGAUAGUGGUGGAAAGGUAUACUUACUUCCCCUGCAGUAGACGUCAAUUUGGGCUUCCUGGUCCUUCCCUUCUUGAGAUUGAUCAUGAUGAGAGACCUGAGGCUGGAACUCUGGCCUCUUCUUUGGCAGUUAUUGAGAGAAUACACCAAAACUUUUUUGCUUCUCAAUCCUUAGAGGAAGUGGAUGUCAGAAAUAUACUAGCAUCAGAGCAGAGGAAAAUCUUGGGUGGUUGUCGAAUAGUAUUUAGUAGGGUGUUUCCUGUUGGUGAAGCAAAUCCUCACCUUCACCCAUUGUGGCAGACAGCUGAACAAUUUGGUGCUGUUUGCACGACCCAGAUUGAUGAACAGGUUACUCAUGUUGUUGCAAAUUCUCUUGGUACUGACAAGGUGAAUUGGGCUCUUUCUACUGGAAGAUUUGUUGUCCAUCCUGGCUGGGUGGAAGCAUCAGCAUUGCUUUAUAGGAGGGCGAAUGAGCAAGAAUUUGUCGUUAAACCAUAAAAAUAACGGACCUAAUUCGCUUUGGUAAACUAAAACAUGUGAAAACAAAAAUCAAGAAUCACAUUGAUUUUGGGGGUGUGAAAUCAUUAGGUCAGAACUGGCCAGCAGAGAUAGUUUUAAUGCAUGAUGACUAUCCAUUGGAGAUGGCGAUUGGUAGGUGUAUUUAAUUUUACAAAGAUGAGUGGCCAGUUGCUGAGGAGUUAAUGGAGGACAGUUUGAGUGCCCUUGUGAAUCUUGGGAGUUUGCUUCUGGUUCUGGUGAUGCAGGGCAUGGUGGAAUUGGUUGCCUGCAUUAGGGACACUAGGUGAGUGAUGUGGGGGUGGCUUUUGUGAAAAGCUCCAAGUAAAUUUUGCCUGGAUGGUAUUGAGAGUCAAAUUUAUUUCUUUUGCUAACAAAGAGAAGUUAAAGACCUGUCAGCAUUUAGAGAGUAAAAUAUGAAGGAAAAUCAGCCUGAGAAGGUAUUGACUAAACCUAAUUUAGGG